AUGGGGUUCUUUUUUUUAAGUCCAAAAGAAACAUUACUUAUCUAUCAAGAACAAACAGAAUGGGGUUUGUUGUGUAAUAAACUGGGUCCAGUGCCUCUUCUAGUGGAUGAAGAAUAUGAGGUUUCAAUUCUUGAAGAAUAUACUGUGAAGAAAGGAUAUGAAGCUCUGUUGGAGGAUGAUGUAGCUUGCAAUUUUGUGAAGUUUCUUUGGAAGAAGGAUAUUCCACCAAAGGAGAUUGAGACUUCUGAUCAUCUUUUCAUGCAUUGUGAUUAUGCUAAGGAGGUGUGGAAUUAUUUCUUUCAGUCUUGUCAUGUCAGUAGUGGCACUUAUAUGACUGUUCUGGAGUUGUUUGAGUUUUGGGUUGGUGUAGCAGUCCAAGGAAGAUGUAAGAAAGUUUGGGAGAAGAUUAUUUAUGCUACUAUGUGGCAUCUGUGGAAUGAGAGGAACUCUAGAAAUUUUGGUGGAAGAGCCUCUGAGAAGAAGAAGCUUGGGUACGCGUCUGUGGGAGGGUGGGGAACUGUCUGGCACCUUGGUACUAGUGAUACAUCGGUGAAGACAUAUGAUCUUGGGAGAAUCAAAGGGUUUGUUGGGCUUAAUAAGGAAGAUUAA